AUGGAAAAGACAACUUUUGUCACCUUAUGGGGAACUUUCUGCUACAAGGUGAUGUCCUUUGGGCUCAAGAACGCUAGGGCAACUUACCAGCGGGCUAUGGUGGCGUUAUUCCAUGACAUGAUGCAUAAAGAGAUCAAAGUCUACGUGGAUGACAUGACCGCUAAAUCAAAGACCGAGGAUGAACACCAUGUCAACUUGCGAAAAUUGUUCAAGCAGCUGCGUAAAUAUCGAUUAAGGCUGAAUCCCACAAAGUGUACUUUUGGGGUCAAAUCCAGAAAGUUGCUCGGUUUUAUUGUGAGUCAGAAAGGAAUAGAGGUAGACCCAGACAAGGUAAAGGCCAUCCUCGAAAUGCCCGAGCCACGCACCGAGAAGCAGUCUGUCCAAUGGGACAAUGAUUGUCAAGUGGCGUUCAAAAGGAUUAAAUGGUGUCUCAUGAAUCCUUUUGUGCUCGUUCCACUGGUGCCUGGAAGACCCCUUAUCUUGUAUAUGACUGUGUUAGAUGAGUCAAUGGGGUGUGUGUUGGGACAACAUGACGAGUUUGGAAAAAGGGGAACCGGUUGUCUAUUACUUGAGCAAGAAGUUCACAGCAUGCGAGAUGAACUACUCUUUGCUAGAAAGGACAUGUUAUGCCUUGGGGUGGGUGGCUCAUUGUCUGAGGCAGUUCAUGCUGAAUUACACCAUUUGAAGGCGAUAAAGGGGAGUGCCUUGGCUGAUUACCUAGCUCAACAACCCAUCAAUGACUAUCAACCUAUGCAUCCAAAAUUCCCUGAUGAGGACAUCAUGACCUUGUUUGAGGAGGAAGUGGAUGAUAAGGAUAGGGACAAAUCGAUCGUGUGGUUUGACGGUGCGUCUAAUGCACUAGGCCAUGGAGUUGGGGCAGUAUUGGUUUCCCCAAGCAAACAUUAUAUACCUUUCACAGCUAGGUUGGGUUUCGACUGCACAAACAACAUAGCUGAGUAUGAGGCGUGUGCCCUCGGGAUCCAAGCGACAGUUAACUUCAAGGUCAAGUUGCUCAAGGUAUAUGGGGACUCGGCCUUGGUAAUUCACCAGUUGAAGGGUGAAUGGGAGACCAGAGACCACAAAUUGGUGCUUUACCAGGCUUACAUCAGGAAGUUGAUAGAAUUCUUUGAUGACAUAUCUUUUCAUCACAUUCCUAGAGAAGAAAAUUAG